AUGUCGAAAGUACAAAGACAACGUGUUCAAACAUUUGGUCGAAAGAAAACAGCAACUGCCGUUGCCGUUUGUCAAGCGGGUCACGGUUCGAUCCGUGUGAAUGGUCGUCCACUUCAUUUAGUUGAACCACAAGUAUUACGUUUUAAAUUAGAAGAACCAAUAUAUCUUCUUGGAAAAGAAAAAUUUUCAAAUGUUGAUAUUCGUGUACGUGUUAAGGGUGGUGGAAGAAUUGCACAAAUUUAUGCUAUUCGACAAGCAUUAGCCAAAUCAUUAGUGGCCUAUACACAAAAAUUUGUUGACGAAGCAACUAAAAAACAAAUUAAAGAUACACUUGUACAAUAUGAUCGAUCGUUACUCGUUGCUGAUCCAAGACGUUGUGAACCGAAAAAGUUUGGUGGACCGGGUGCACGUGCAAAAUAUCAAAAAUCAUAUCGUUAA